UUUUUCAGGAGAGUAAGUACUGUGAAAUGUAGAGAUGCAGAUCUUUUAAUCUUGGAGGGAAUGGGAAGGGCCAUCCUUACAAAUUACGAGGCGAAGUUCACGUGUGAUUCUAUUAAAAUGGCCGUGAUCAAGAACCGCUGGCUCGCUCAAAGACUUGGAGGCGAUAUGUACAGUGUGGCGUUCAAAUACGAGCAGGGAAAUAUUAAUACAGUUUAGAAUGAAGGUGGGUUGUUAUAUGGGAUGCUUGUCUGGUUUGAGAGGGUUACUUAUGAUCAUGAUGAUGACUAGAAGAGUGAUGAUGACAAUGGUGAUGACAAAAUCGGUGAUGUCAAAGAUGGUGGGUAUGGUGAUAACGAUGUUGAUGAUGAAGACGAUGACGAAGAUGAUGACGAUGAUGAUAGUGACAAGGAUGAUGAUAAUGAUGAUGAUGAUGACAUGAUCACGUUAUAGUAAAGGCGUGACAAUGAUGACGAUUAUGUCAAUGAUAGAGCCAAUGAUGCAAAAGGUGACGUCAUUAAAAAUGACGUCAUGAUGACGGUACCGGCUUCCCUACUGACAUUUUAUGAUUACAAUAAUGAUAAUAAUAAUGAUUUCAUGCUUAAAAAAAUAGACGAGCAACCAGGGUUGACAUAUUAAAACAAUUAAAACGUUCUCUGGCUGAAAAUUUUAAGUUAAAAUAAGCUUUCGGCUGCCAACCUACAGCCUACAGCCUUUGAUUACAAUAAUGCUGAAUGAGAACUGUGGUUUUGAAGGAAAUAAUUGAACACUGCAUUACUCGUACAUUCUUCAAUACGUUAUAUAACAAUUAUGGAACUUGUAAAAUAUUGGAAAAUGGCUUGCAGAUUAUUUACUUCCUCAAUAAGGAAAAACUUUAGCCUUUAAUAACGACUGUAUUUAUGUAAGGUACGAAUUUUAAAAAAUGAAUUUUAAAAAGCAUUUUGUGGUGUGCAAAAUACAGAAUCUGUCAUAAACCAUCUGUCGUACCGGCGUAGAGCGAUAUGUAGCUCAGCGUAGAGUACCACACCAGCCCAUGGGGGGAGGGGGAGGGUGGAUUGUGUGGAAUGUUUGCAUGAGGGGUAAUCCGUGCAAGUAGAGUUUGCAAUAUGGAUGCCAUUCUCAGAAUGCAACUUGCGUGGUUGAAUAGGCGAUAAUUAGUUUGAAUGCAAUAAUUAGAGAUAUCUCCGGAAUGGAAGAACAUGAUAUGUGUAUGUAGAAGAUCUCUUAGCUUUGCAGAAUAGGAUAAGGCGGUGUCCGGUUGCAUUAAAUUAAAAACAUCAGCUAAUCUUUUGAAAAGCAUUUCUGUACAUAGUGUACUAGCUCAAUAUACAAUGAACUGAAAGACUGAGCCCUCUAAGGACUCUAUAUUCAUGACAUUAUACCCAAUUGCGUGACACGUUGCGUGAUGUGACGAUAUAUCGUGAUCACUGUAAGCUAUCACUCACUCAUCAUUCAGUGCUGCCUGUUAUCACGAACGUUUCUCGGACAAAGAACGUUUGUAUUGUUUUGACUGGCGUCUUAUCUACUAAUCUAGUACGUUGUAAAAUGGCUGUUUCCAAAUCCAACCCGGGACUUUGUAGCUCGCUAAAUUUCGUAAGCUUGGUUAUCUCCACUGUCACUCUAUUACUACUUCUAGCAGGGUUUGUAAGAAUCGAAUUCAAACUGAACGAUCAAGACGCAAAACUUGCUGCUGUUGAGCGACUCUGCACGGCUCGAACACAAGACGUGUCGCAAGAAGAUGACAUAGCUGAUGUUAAGGGAAAGUCCAGUGAAACCAUUAACAGAGCACGUCGUUCUGGAACUGGGCUUGCAACAAAGAGCAGUAACCAACAAACCAACGAACUGACUGAAAUAAAAAACGAGAUCAAGAAAAAUUUGGAGAAGAUGAGGGAAGAGAAUACACGCGUUUGCAGUUCACCUCUUGGCUCGAUGUGUCUUCGUGGUCCUCCUGGGGAACCAGGCUUAAAGGGGGAAAAAGGAGACAUGGGAAACAGCGGGGCCUCUGGGGUCCCAGGCUCUAAAGGUCAGAAAGGCGAAAGAGGAGCCCAGGGAACUCCAGGGAUACCCGGUCAGUCGAAGACGCCUGAUGACCCCCGGCGCGGGUCCCCGCAGGUCAUUGUGUCUCCAUCAAUUUUAACAGUGAAUGAAAACCAGACAGCUAGGUUUCACUGCACAGCGACUGGUAAGCACACUUUAAGUUUCCCAUAAUAUCUGAUAAAUAAAUUUAAUUGCUGUAUGAUUGACGAUUGGAGUCUUACACCAAAGUUGACGUUCGUUGUAUUUUUCGACCGGCGAAGAGUGAAACAAUAGCAAAUGGAACAAUAAAGAUCUCUAGUUUAGUUAUAGUUUAGUUAUAGUAAUCUCCAGUGCUCUGAGACUGGGAAGGAUGAACUAUAACGAACACAGUGCGCACGCACUUUCCUCUUGGGUGCAUUCGUUCCAAGAAUCCGAGUUUAUCCAAGACUGCGUCUGAAAACGUGAUUGUGUUUUGACGGUCACGGCUGAACAGAG